AUGUUUAAUGCGUCACGUUAUGGGUGCUAUACUUCAAACCCGGUGGAGUCGCAUCAUGCAUCUAUGCACAAGUGGAGGAGGGACAAUCCAGCACAAGUUUUGCUUGCAUUCAUCACACAGCAAGCGAAUGCAAUGCAAGAGGGUCGUGAGCUGUAUGGGAAUCUCGGGGUAGCUGAUCUCCCCCCCAAAACAGCAGGUAUCAUUCGUGAUAAUUGUCAAAUGGGAACUCAGUACAAAGUGGAGAAGACUGGCAGAAGUUCAUACCAUGUGAGCCGUGACACUGGAGCCAAGGAGGAGCGUGUGGUGGUGUUGGAGGCUGCGAAGCCAGAGAUGGCGCAGUGCACGUGUAAUUAUUUGAGGAGGCAACCUCGUGGACAUGAACAACCACAGAAUGGGGUGGGGGUGGCGGACGGUAGCGCGACUCACGCAGCAGGUGGUGAGAAUGAAGGUGUUGAGGUAUCGGACGAGGAGGAGGACGUCAGUUCAGAUUCGGAGGGGGAAAGAGAAGAGCAGCCGAUGGAUGCAGGUGCUGGUGUCCAACAGGCAGUCCCAACAGUACUCUGUGAAGUAUUUGGCGAGGCAUUUAACAGACUCAGCACCUCAGGAACCAACGGAAACAUGCGCUCGGGGGGUGUGGGGUUAUCAAAUCCAACAGCAGCUGAGAGUGGGGGAUUGGGGGAGAGGGGAGGUGUAUCCGAGAGUGGUGGAUUGGGGGAGCGGGGAGGAGCGUCCGAGAGCAAAGCAGGAAGGGGAGGAGCAGGAGGGGGUGGGGCAUGGAGGAGAGGAGCAGCAGAGAGUGGGGCGGGGACGGCAGGAGCAGAGAGUGGGGCGGGAAGGGCAGGAGCAGCUGGGAUCGUGACAGGGAGGGGAGGAGCAGGGAGUGGGACGUGGAGGGGAGGAGCAACAGGGAGCGGGGCAGGGAGGCCAGGAGCAGAGAGCGGGGCGGGAAGGGCAGGAGCAGCCGAGAUCGUGACAGGGAGGGGAGGAGCAGGGAGUGGGGCGGGGAGGGGAGGAGCAGGGAGUGGGGCGGGGAGGGGAGGAGCAGGGAGUGGGGCGGGGAGGGGAGGAGCAGGGAGCGGGGCCGGGAGGGGAGGAGCAGGGAGCGGGGCCGGGAGGGGAGGAGCAGGGAGCAGUGGGGCAGUGAGGGGGGGAGCAACAGGGAGCGGGGCAGGAAGGGGAGGAGCAUCCGAGAGCGGGGCAGGGAGGGGAGGAGAAUUCGAGAGCGGGGCAGGGAGGGGAGGAGCAUCCGAGAGCGGGGCAGGGAGGGGAGGAGCAUCCGAGAGCGGGACAAGGAGGGGAGGAGCAGCAGGGAGCGGGGCAGGGAGGGGAGAAGCAGCAGGGAGCGGGGUAGGGAGGGGAGGUGCAACAAGGAGCGGGGCAGGGAGGGGAGGUGCAGCAGCGAGCGGGGGGGGGAAGGGGAGGAGUAGCAGGGAGUGGGGGGGAGAGGGGAGGAGCAGUGAGCGGGGCCGGGAUGGGAGGAGCAGCAGGGAGUGGGGCGGUGAGGGGAGGAGCAGCUGA